AUGCCAAUUACUGAGGAAAUGCCCGAGGCCACAACCCUCGGUCGCGCUAUCAACGACGCGUCCGACAAGACGCUACGCGCAGUUUUUAAGUCCAUCUGUGCGAAAAACGACGAGGCUCGUAAAGAGGCCGAAAGUCAACUGCUAGUGACAGCUACCGAUACCGAAGAGAGCUCUGACAAUAAUAAGAAGAGACAAGUACCACGCUACACAUUUUGCGUUAAUUGCGAGAAGGAAUUCGAUGUCACGACCAACACGGAGGAAAACUGUCGAUAUCAUCCAGCGUCAAGUGAGCCCACUGGUGAAGAUCUUUAUAUCGACAAUUACGAUGAGUUCGAAGUCGACACCGAUGAAAUGCGCGAGGAGUUCCCAGAGUGCUUUACGUUCGCGUGCUGUGAUGGAAAUCUCAAAGAUAACCCCUAUGGUUGUGUGAGCGACUUCCAUCGGGAACAGUAUCCCGACCAGAAGGCAUCGAAAAGGUCGAGAGCUGUUUGA